AUGGCUCAGGGCCACAGACCAGGGGCGAGGUUUCGGGAGAAGGCCUCCUCCGUGGAGGUCUUGGGCUUCCUCGAGGCAGAGGCCUGCAGGAGAUCCAGCACUGACUCCGGCGGCGAGGUGCUCCCGGACUCCUUCCCGUCGGCGCCCGCAGAGCCGCUGCCCCACUUCCUGCAGGAGCCGCAGGACGCCUACAUUGUCAAGAACAAGCCAGUGGAACUGAGCUGCCGCGCCUUCCCGGCCACGCAGAUCUACUUCAAGUGCAACGGCGAGUGGGUCAGCCAGAGCGACCACGUCACGCAGGAGGGCCUGGACGAGGCCACCGGCCUGCGGGUGCGCGAGGUACAGAUUGAGGUGUCGCGGCAGCAGGUGGAAGAGCUCUUCGGGCUGGAGGACUACUGGUGCCAGUGCGUGGCCUGGAGCUCAGCGGGCACCACCAAGAGCCGCCGGGCCUACGUGCGCAUCGCCUACUUGCGCAAGAACUUUGACCAGGAGCCUCUGGGCAAGGAGGUGCCCCUGGACCAUGAGGUUCUCCUGCAGUGCCGCCCGCCGGAGGGGGUGCCUGUGGCCGAGGUGGAAUGGCUCAAGAACGAGGAUGUCAUCGACCCCACCCGAGACACCAACUUCCUGCUCACCAUCGACCACAACCUCAUCAUCCGCCAGGCCCGCCUGUUGGACACGGCCAACUACACCUGCGUGGCCAAGAACAUCGUGGCCAAGCGCCGGAGCACCACAGCCACGGUCAUCGUCUAUGUGAACGGUGGCUGGUCCAGCUGGGCAGAGUGGUCACCCUGCUCCAACCGCUGUGGCCGAGGCUGGCAGAAGCGUACCCGGACCUGCACCAACCCUGCCCCACUCAAUGGAGGUGCCUUCUGCGAGGGCCAGGCCUUCCAGAAGACCGCCUGUACCACCGUGUGCCCAGUCGACGGGGCUUGGACGGAGUGGAGUAAGUGGUCGGCCUGCAGCACCGAGUGCGCCCACUGGCGCAGCCGCGAGUGCAUGGCGCCCCCGCCCCAGAACGGAGGCCGCGACUGCAGUGGGACGCUGCUGGACUCCAAGAACUGCACGGAUGGGCUGUGCGUGCACAAUAAGAAAACUCUAAGCGACCCCAACAGCCACCUGCUGGAGCCCUCGGGGGAUGUGGCGCUGUAUGCAGGCCUCGUGGUGGCUGUCUGCGUGGUCGUGGCCAUCCUCAUGGUGGUGGGAGUGGUAGUGUACCGCCGGAAUUGCCGCGACUUUGACACUGACAUCACUGACUCGUCCGCCGCCCUGACGGGGGGUUUUCACCCAGUCAACUUCAAGACCACGAGGCCCGGCAACCCGCAGCUCCUGCACCCACCUGUGCCUCCCGAUCUGACAGCCAGCGCCGGUGUCUACCGUGGACCUGUGUAUGCCCUACAGGACUCGGCCGACAAGAUCCCCAUGACCAACUCGCCCUUGCUGGACCCCCUGCCCAGCCUCAAGGUCAAGGUCUACAGCUCCAGCACCAUGGGCUCGGGGCCAGGCCUGGCAGAUGGGGCCGACCUGCUGGGAGUCCUGCCACCUGGGACGUACCCUGGCGAUUUCACCCGGGACGCCCACUUCCUGCACUUGCGCGGCGCGGGCCUCGGCUCCCAGCAGCUCCCAGGCCUGCCCCGAGACCCGGGCAGCAGCGUCAGCGGCACCUUUGGCUGCCUGGGCGGCCGGCUCAGCAUCCCCGGCACAGGGGUCAGCCUGCUGGUGCCCAAUGGAGCCAUUCCUCAGGGCAAGUUCUACGAGAUGUACCUACUUAUCAACAAGGCAGAAAGCACCCUCCCGCUUUCGGAAGGGACCCAGACAGUAUUGAGCCCCUCAGUGACCUGUGGGCCCACUGGCCUCCUGCUGUGCCGCCCCGUCAUCCUGACCGUGCCUCACUGUGCUGAAGUCAGCGCCAGCGACUGGAUCUUCCAGCUCAAGACCCAGGCCCACCAGGGCCAUUGGGAGGAGGUGGUGACCCUGGACGAGGAGACCCUGAACACGCCCUGCUACUGCCAGCUGGAGGCCAGGGCCUGCCACAUCCUGCUGGACCAGCUGGGCACCUACGCGUUCACGGGCGAGUCCUACUCCCGCUCAGCCAUCAAGCGGCUCCAGCUGGCCGUCUUCGCACCCGCCCUCUGCACCUCCCUGGAGUACAGCCUCCGUGUGUACUGUUUGGAGGACACACCCGUAGCGCUGAAGGAGGUACUAGAGCUGGAGCGGACUCUGGGCGGCUACCUGGUGGAGGAGCCAAAGACCCUGCUGUUUAAGGACAGUUACCACAACCUGCGCCUCUCUCUCCACGACCUUCCCCAUGCCCACUGGAGGAGCAAGCUACUGGCCAAGUACCAGGAAAUCCCCUUCUGCCACAUCUGGAGUGGCAGCCAGAAGGCUCUGCACUGCACUUUCACCCUGGAGAGGCACAGCCUGGCCUCCACGGAGUUCUCUUGCAAGAUCUGCGUGCGCCAGGUGGAGGGGGAGGGCCAGAUCUUCCAGCUGCACACCACGCUGGCGGAGACGCCGGCUGGCUCCCUGGACGCCCUCUGCUCUGCCCCUGGCAGUGCCGCCACCACCCAGCUGGGACCCUAUGCCUUCAAGAUCCCGCUCUCCAUCCGCCAAAAGAUAUGCAACAGCCUUGAUGCCCCCAACUCGCGGGGCAAUGACUGGCGGAUGUUGGCGCAGAAGCUCUCCGUGGACCGGUACCUGAAUUACUUUGCCACCAAAGCAAGCCCCACGGGCGUGAUCUUGGACCUCUGGGAAGCUCUGCAGCAGGACGACGGAGACCUCAACAGCCUGGCCAGUGCCUUGGAGGAGAUGGGCAAGAGUGAGAUGCUGGUGGCCGUGGCCACCGACGGGGACUGCUGAGCCGCCGGGAGCCAUGGGCUGCCAGGGACUGGCAGGAGGCGGGCACAGGGAGACCUAGGGCAGCCUCCAGAUUGGCAUGUCCAGCCUCCACUGCCCCUCAGCUCACAGCCAGAGUUGCGCCCUCCUCCUCCUCCUCUUCCCCCUGCCCCAACCCCAGACCACGACCAGCCUUAGCAAAUCCACAUGCUCUGUUGUUCAAGGGCCCCGUUUUCCUUCCCCAGCUCUGCCGUCUCUCUCCUGGCCUCAGGCUUCCAUGCAGGAACCCGGUGGGCUGAGGCCUCUGGAGGCAGUCAGGGGGCAAGGAGGCGGCCUUCCCUCCACCCACCCCCAUGGCCCGCUUUCCCGGGCUCUGUCCGUUCUGGUUCCAGGCUUCCUCUUCUUCCUGGGUUGCCGCCUCCUCCGUCCUCCCCAGCCCCUUCCUCUCUCACCCCGUUUUCCUCUUUGAAGAGUCAAGUACAAUUCAGACAAACUGCUUUCUCCCGUCCAAAACAGAAAGGAAAAGGAAAGCCAGCUUCAGACUGCUAGUCAGGCUCCAAGAAGAAGAAAAACACCGACACCACAAGGGAAAAGAAAAUCCCAGUUUCUUAGGAAACGCACAUGAUUUAUUAUCCAGAUAUUUGGAUAAGUCCUUUUUAAGAAAAAAAAAAAAAAGAAAAUGAAAACAACACAAAAAAAUUAGAAAAUUCUUUUCUUGAGUGUGGAUGAGAGUGGGUGUGCUGGUGAUGCUGUCCAGCAAUGAGUGUGAGUGUGUGCGUGUGUGUGUGUGUGAGAAUGUGAGCGUGUCAGGGAGAGAGAGACUGAACAGGGGCUACUUUGCUGCUAAUGAAUACGUCUUGAACUAAAUUCUGGCUUUCAAGGCCUCAGUUUUCCCAGUUGUGCAUGGAGUGGGUCAGAAAGGGUUUUAGUCAUGGUACCAAGUUUUCCCCUGAAAUCUUAUGUAAGCAAAUGCCAAGGAACCCUGAGCCCUGGAGUGGGCAGGUUCUCCCUUCUGUAGCCCCCGGCAGAUGCCCCUGGGCUCUGGGGAGUCUGGAUGAAGAGGCACUGGGAGGGAAAACCAGGGCCCAUCGGGCCAGCGGGAGCCAGGGAGGUUGCUCUGGUCUGUCAUCAUCUGGUGGCUUUUGGAAAGGGAGUGUGACCCAGAAGUGGGGCUCAAGCAGGGAUCCGAAGUGGGGGAGAGG